CCUUCUGAGGAAACCACUCGUCACAGGUGAUUUCACAGUAAAUCUGAGUGUCUCUCAGCGCUAUAAAAGGCAUCUGACUCUGUAUGAACAGAACUCAGCAGCUCUGGAGGCUUCAUACGACACAACACUCACCACCUGCACACACGUAAGAACCCAAAAUGUCCUCAUACAUCUCAGGUGUGGAAGUUUCCCUCAAUGACUCCCAGGAGCAGCAGCUCUUAAAACAAGGCUUCACCAAAAUCAAGGUUGACGUGAGUCAGGGGGUCGGACCGAACCGAAGCUACAUUUGGUUCAAGAUGGGCAGCGAAGCCAUCACCAGGAUCCAGCUCACAUACAUGCAGGACAUGCAGCCCGGCCUGAUCUCCGAGGGAUAUAACAAGAUUGACAAAAACCUGAACCCUGGAAGUGGAGACUACAUCAACCUGUGGUUCUAUAGAGGUCACCUUAAGUCUGACGUUCCCAUUGUGGAGCUCAGCGUCACCAACAACCCGAAGGAGGAAGCCCAGAUGUUUGGGCAGGGCUUUGAGAGACUGGCCUGUGAUCUGACCCUGAAGACUGGAGGGAACAGGGUCUACCUAUGGAUGAAGAGAGAAGUACCAACUUACAUCUGUGACGUCACUGUCACCGAUAACUUCGGUGCAGACGCAGACUACUUCCAGAAGGGUUACAUCCGUAUGGACAGAGGAGUGGGAGGAGCUUACAUCUUCAUGUGGUACCUUCAGACCACGGACGCCCAACAGGCGCUCAAAGAUCUGCAGAUCUCCACCAAGGAAGAAGAGUACCAGCGCUUUAAAAGCCAACACUACGACCUAGUGAGCGUGAAGCUGAGCGAUGAGAGCGCAGCCAACUCCACCUAUCUGUGGUACAAGAGAGACGACCGCAUCAGGGACCUGGCCAUGAUCCUCGAUUCUGCGGCUGUGGUCCUGUACGAGGAGGCAGGGGUCAAGGUCAUUGACAAGAACCUCGGCAAAGGUGUCGCGUUCCUGUGUUUUUAUUGCUGAGAGUCGUCAUGGUAACAGAGCUGGGCACGCCCACCUACCCCCGAGGAGAGACAGCUGGAGUUCAAAUUAUCAUUUGUUGUUAGAUUCUGUGUGUCUCUUUAUGAUGUGAUUAAAUCUGUCCAAGUAUCAGAACGAUUCAUGAAUGUUGAUCUUCACGUCUGUGUUUGAUUUAAUAAAUGAAAUCAGUGUGAUGUCACAGAGCUGAUGAUGUAUCUGAUAACCUGAAACUAUCAGAGGCCUAUUGAUCGAUUACUGUUCAUCACUUCAACACAAUCAAAUGAUUUCAAAUGAUUAUUCUUUUCUCAA